CUGUGUACUGUACAGUAAUGUGCAAGUAAAAGAAACUCGGAGUGCACAUUGCUCUCUUGCGCAGAUUCUUCAAACCUUCUGUUUAUGGAGCCAAAGCUUUUAAUCUUUUCUCCAUCUGCUCUUCUCCACAUCCUUCUCAUCCUUACUCUCUUUACCUCUCCAUUCCAGUUAGGGGUAUUGGCUGCUUCUUCUGGUCUCCUCUUCGACUUCUAUGCAGCUUCAUGCCCAACAGCAGAAGCCAUGGUGAAAAACACACUGAGGUCAGCUUCAACUGAUGAUCCAACAAUCCCUGCAAAACUCCUCCGGUUACUGUUCCAUGAUUGCAUGGUGGAGGGUUGUGAUGGUUCUGUGCUAUUGGAAGGAAAUGAGACAGAGAGGAGUGAUCCAGCCAAUGCAUCGCUUGGGGGAUUCUCCGUGGUGGAGUCAGCCAAAGGCUUGCUUGAACUCUUCUGCCCAGAAACUGUUUCUUGUGCGGAUAUCCUUGCUCUAGCUGCAAGAGAUGCUGUUGAAUUUGCUGGAGGACCAUCCAUUCAGAUUCCUACAGGUAGGAGAGAUGGAAGAGUGUCUUCGGUUUCUAAUGUGAGACCCAACAUAGUGGACACUAGUUUCACCAUGGAUGAGAUGCUUGAACUCUUCUCCUCUAAAGGGUUAUCCCUAGAAGACCUUGUCACUCUUUCAGGAGCUCACACAAUAGGAUCAGCACAUUGCAGUUCAUUUAGUGAUCGGUUCCAAGAAGACUCCAAAGGGAACCUGACGCCCAUUGACGCAUCAUUAGACAGAAUCUAUGCCAAUGAGCUGAUAAAGCAGUGCCCAGCAGGGGUUGACAAGUCCAUAACUGUCAAUAAUGAUCCCGAAACGUCCCUCUUGUUUGACAACCAGUAUUAUCGGAACCUCAUUUCCCACAAGGGGCUCUUCCAGUCAGAUUCAGUCUUGUUUAGUGAUGGACGAACAAAGGCCAAAGUAGAGGAGUUCUCCGAUAGCCAAUAUAUGUUUUUUGAGAAAUGGACAGAGUCGUUUCUGAAGCUUAGUAGCGUAGGUGUGAAGACAGGCGAUGAAGGAGAAGUACGUACUUCAUGUAGAGCCAUUAAUGGAUGAAGAAGGAAAUCAUUACCACCAACUUUCUCUGCAACUAUUUAGAAUUUCUGUAGUAUUGUUUUAUAUAUAGCAGUUUGGGGUGCUGGAAUAAGUUGGGUCUCUAUGGUUAUAUAGGACCUCUCUGUCUGCCCAGCGUACAAUGUUUCUGAGAAGCUUAUUGCAAGAAUUCUCAUCUGGCGAUAUUUCAUGUGCUAAGCAUCUAGAAAUGCUUACUACUUGUUUUCUAAAGAUUGCCUCUCUCUUCAUCUAGUGGUGAAGAAAACUGUUUUACCCUUUAAUUUCCAAUGAGAGUUUAAAAUAAAUGGAGAAUUGUACUUUGUUCCAAGGUUCAAAGUAUCAAUACUUAUUAGCCCAUAUCGGC